CUCUGCUCACACACAUCUCCUUCUCAGGCAGCAGCUGUUACAGCCUUCACAGUUCUCUUAGGCUGCCGAUCAUCUCAUCUGGUUAUUCCUUUUGAGACAGGGUGCCAAUAUGGGGAGUUUGCACAAGACCACCGUCGUCCUCCUCAUGUUCUGCUUGGCGGUACUGGGAAGAGCGGAUUAUCUCAAGUACAAGGAUCCGAAACAGCCCGUUGGUGCUCGCGUCAAUGAUCUGCUUGGGCGGAUGACUCUCGCAGAAAAGAUCGGCCAGAUGACUCAGAUUGAGAGGGAAAAUGCUACCACAGGGGUGCUAUCCAAAUACUUCAUAGGUAGUGUGCUGAGCGGCGGAGGCAGUGUGCCUGCUCCUCAAGCCUCUGCUGAGACCUGGGUUUCAAUGGUGAAUGAAAUGCAGAAAGACGCUCUUUCUACCCGCCUAGGUAUUCCGAUGAUCUACGGUAUUGAUGCUGUGCAUGGUCAUGGUAACGUCUACAAAGCUACGAUCUUCCCACAUAAUGUUGGGCUUGGAGCUACCAGGGAUCCUGAGCUUGUAAAGAGGAUAGGAGAAGCAACUGCUCUGGAAGUCAGGGCCACAGGAAUUCCUUACGUUUUUGCUCCGUGUAUUGCGGUUUGUAGAGAUCCAAGAUGGGGACGGUGCUUUGAAAGCUACAGUGAAGACCCAAAGGUUGUCCAGUCAAUGACCACAAUUAUCUCCGGCUUGCAAGGCGACGCUCCACCAGGUUCUGCAGGAAGACCAUACGUUGGUGGAAGUAAGAAAGUUGCUGCAUGCGCAAAGCACUAUGUUGGUGAUGGUGGUACUUUUAACGGGAUUAACGAGGGCAAUACAAUCAUCGACAGAAAUGGGCUCAUGAAAAUCCACAUGCCUGCCUAUUUUAAUUCUAUCAUCAGGGGUGUAUCUACUAUUAUGGUCUCAUACAACAGUUGGAAUGGAGAAAAGAUGCAUGGAAACCAUUUUCUAAUCACUGAUUUUCUCAAGAGCAAGCUCAAAUUUAGGGUCAGUUGCUCACUACAAAAGCAAAAUAUUUUCUGCAUAUUUACUUCUUCUGGUAUAUUAAGAGAUACUGAUGCUAUCAUUUUCUUUGGGAUUUUGUGCAAACAGGGUUUUGUGAUUUCAGACUGGAAGGGCAUUGAUAGGAUUACUACUCCCCAACACUUGAACUAUACUUAUUCAAUUCAGGCUGGAAUUAGUGCUGGUAUUGACAUGAUCAUGGUUCCUUUUACCUACACAGAAUUCAUUGAUGGUCUGACAUCACAAGUUAAUAACAAGAUCAUCCCGAUGAGCAGAAUCGAUGAUGCUGUCUACAGGAUUCUUCGGGUCAAGUUCACCAUGGGUCUAUUUGAGAACCCUUACGCUGAUCCAAGUCUGGCUGGUGAACUCGGAAAGCAAGCACACCGGGAACUCGCUCGGGAAGCCGUCAGGAAGUCAUUGGUUUUGCUGAAAAAUGGAAAAUCUGCAUACACUCCAUUGUUGCCUCUCCCAAAGAAGGCCGGUAAGAUCCUCGUCGCCGGAAGCCACGCCGACAACUUGGGCAACCAGUGUGGAGGAUGGACAAUCACAUGGCAAGGAUUGACCGGCAACAACAACACUGCCGGCACAACUAUCCUCUCGGCGAUCAAGUCUACUGUCGACCCCAGCACCGAGGUGGUCUUGUCAGAGAACCCGGAUAGCGCCGCCGUGGACAGCGGCAAGUACGACUACGCGAUCGUGGUGGUCGGCGAGCCUCCAUACGCCGAGACAUUCGGCGACAAUCUGAACCUGACAAUCCCUGCUCCUGGCCCCUCAGUGAUCCAGACCGUCUGCAAGAGCGUCAAGUGUGUGGUGGUGCUCAUCUCUGGCAGGCCCCUGGUGCUGGAGCCGUACAUUGACGCCAUUGAUGCGUUCGUGGCCGCGUGGCUGCCCGGCACGGAAGGCCAGGGUGUCGCCGACGCGCUAUUCGGUGACUACGGGUUCACUGGGAAGCUAGGGCACACUUGGUUCAAGUCAGUGGACCAGCUGCCGAUGAAUGUCGGUGACAAACACUACGACCCGCUGUUCCCCUUCGGGUUUGGCCUCACCACGGAGGCGAAGAAAUGAGUCCGAUGAGAUAAUAGAGAUGGAAUAAUGUCAACUGGGAUCUGAGAGAUGAGAUAAUAUACCUGAGUUUGUGGUUGACUUUCUGCAGCAAUAGAAGUGUAGAAGCAUUCUUGAAGAUGCUCUAGUUUGGGUUGUGCAACAAUAUCGAUC